AAGCGAAGAGAAAAAUCAAGUGGAAUGCACGUGCGACGAGAAUGUAGUAAACUAAUCGAUAGACAAGAUCGUCUGCUGUGAGAAAUGGUUCGCAGUUAUGACAUUCGUUGGGCCUUUACGUGGUUGUUUGUUAUAUUUGUUAAUGUUUAUUGUUAUAAACCCGUGGUUAUUAUACACGGAUUGUUCGACAAACCGGAAAAUUUAGAAUAUUUAGCUUCGUAUAUUUCAAAGAAACAUUCAAGGACAAAUGUUACUGUUAUAAACCUUUAUGACGGACUGAAAAGUCUUUCUCCAUUAUGGGAACAAAUCCAUGAAUUUGGAAAUUCUGUAUCAAAAAUAAUGAAAGAAAAUCCAGAUGGUAUUCAUAUGAUUGGAUAUUCUCAAGGUGGUUUAAUUGCAAGAGGAAUUAUUUCAACAUUGGACAAUCAUAAUGUAAAUACAUUUAUUUCUCUUAGUUCACCACAGAUGGGACAAUAUGGUGAUACAGAUAUCAUUAAAGUUUGGUUUCGUGAUUUAAUCAAGAAAUAUGCUUAUAAAUUCUUCUAUACAAAUGAAGGACAAUUGAUAUCCAUAGGAAAUUUUUGGAAUGAUCCUCAUCAUCGUGAUAUAUUUUUAAAUAAAAGUAUUUUUCUUCCCUAUUUUAUGCGUUUAAAAAAAUUGAUUCUCAUUGGUGGACCUGAUGAUGGUGUUAUUUGUCCUUGGCAGUCAAGUCAAUUUGGUUUUUAUACAAAAAAUGAAGAUAUUUUACCAAUGGAAAAACAAUGGGUGUAUAAAAUUGAUGCAUUUGGGCUUAGGACAUUAAGUGAAAGAAAUGCAAUGAAAAUUUUAACCAUGGCUGGAAUUGAUCACUAUCAAUGGCACAAAAAUCAGACUAUUUUUGAUAAUUUUAUACUCCCUUACCUAGAUUAAGUCAUUGCCAGGAAGCAUUUCACAUCACUACAAAUUCAAAAGUUCAACACUAACAUAAAUGUCUUAUCCAAGUAAAUUGGUAAUAUAUAUAUAUAUGUAUGUAUGUAUAUAGAUUUUUAAUUCUAUUUUGUGUGUUGAUUUUAACAAUGUUACUUUUACAUAUUUUAAAAAAAUUAAAAAGCUACGACUGUUAUAACUAAUACUGUAAAGAUUUAUGCACAAUAAAAUUAUUUUUUAGAUUCAUACCUA